AGUCAGCUUUCUGCCGGGCUCUGAGCUAGGACCGCUGGGUGCUCCCUCCCGCCUGCCUGGUAGGGGGCGCAUUUGAGGGCGACAUCGGAGCCACAGCCGUGAUCCUGUGGACACCUCCAGCUCCUCGGGCCUCUCCUCAUAGAAGAGAGCCAGCUGCACGGAGAUCAGAUUCCUCAUGGAGGAACCAAGGCGUUCGAAACGACUUCGCUCCAUGGCCCCUAAUCAAGCUUCAGGUGGGCCUCCUACAGAGCCAGGCUGCUCUAGUAUGGACCAUGAAGACCCUGUAGAGCCAGUCCAACCUGCAAAACCCACUGCUUAUGUGAAACCCAUGAGAUGGGAGCCCCCAGCUCGCGCAGAGCUGGCUCGUCCUGCAGGAAGAGGCCGGCGCAGGGGAGGAAGCUGGUGGGCAGGUCGAGCCCGUGGCAGUGGGGCCUUGCUCCACAGGGUCCCCGGCCAGAGAGAGGGGCCAGACGUGUACAUCCAUCUGAACUACCAUGGAGAGCCAGGCCACCAGGGGGAACCGGAAGCCGGGCAGAACCCAGCCUUCUCUUUUACUGAAGCAGCUCCUAUGCCCGGAAUUGUGCAGGAAGGCCCCGGUCCCCAUGCAGCCCAGCCUGAGGUGGGGUUUCAGGAGCCACCUCCUGCUGGGCCUGUGGCUGUGGCCAGGCAGCCCAUGUUGGCCCUCUAUCCCUGUAUCGGGUUCAGGCCUCUGGGUGGCUCAGCUUUUUUGCGCAUCAUGCAGACCUCCAGUGGCACCUACGUGCACAGGGUCCCAGUGUUCCUUGCCCACAUUGCACACUAACCUCUGUCACCCAUAUUGCUGCCAGCCUCCCUUUCUUCCACCUGGACUUUCCCCCAUCCCCAAACUCUAGCCCCAUUUCUGCUCCACUCAUCCCUGCCCAUCCCAGCCAGGGCCCUUACUUUGUGUUGUCAUGCGCCUCCAAGUCCUCCUCCCAGGAUCCUGACAUUAGUCCAUCUGCUUCCAAUGUCCCUCUUGCCUCUGCUUUGUAUGUUCUGUCAAAGAUACAGAUGCAUGGAAUUCCUCAAUACUUAUUCAAAUAAACCAGCAGCUCCCU